UGCCGCGUAAUCGAGGCAUUCGUCGACAAUAAUGGCCCGAUAACGUUUCACCCGACGAAGAAACCCGUUUUACCCGGAGGUUUUCUCGAGAAAGCAGAGAAACGCAACCAGGAAGAAGGAAGCAAACGCGAACGAUACAACAAUCAUGAACGCAUCGAGCAAGGCCUGGCGGGGCGGGAAGAACAGCGUCUGGCGAGGCUAAGGAAAUAACAUGAUACUGGCAAGAACAAGCUCGCCAUUUCCGCUCGCUGGACCCAUUAACGUUCCGUAGCGUAAGAAGAAGGAGAGGAUGUAGAAGAAGAAGAAGAAGA